AGUAGUGAUGCACCUUCUCAUGCGUGCAUAUCAAACAUUCAUUCCCCAGUACAUUUUCUAACUUUAUGGACUCGUUUUAUAUAUUGGGUGGGCGGAGGAGGUAGAUGCCCUUUGGGAAACGUCCUAGGCAUGGAAAAAGCUCCGAAAGCGCGUGCACUUGAAGGUUGCCUCAGGUACAUUGGGGUUUUGUUAAUGCAGCAUAAUCUGUGACUGACGAUUUGUCAAAAGUUACAAUCAGUGCGUGUGAAUCGUUGGAAAUGCGGAGUUGGGUUAGGGACGCUGCAAAGCAGCGCCAGGACAGGAGCCACGUGCAGGAAAGAUUAGAAAAUGACAGGGUCUCGCGGAACAUCGACUGCGCCGAGGGAGAGCCCGUUUCGAGCACGCGCACCAGGUUCGAGGAAGGGAAGCAAGCGCGAGAUCGGGACUGUUUAAAGACCGAUGCGAAUUGGCUCGACUUUGGCGACUCGGUUUCCUCGCUCCACCGGCGAGACAGGGGGAAUGGCACGCGUGUCGGUAACCGAGCGGGCGGCAGAAAGCGAGUUUCGUUGCCGGAGGCUUGUUCUCGUGCUCCAGAAGUGAGUGGCAUGGAUAACGAAGCCGAAGACGAUGACACCGGGGCUCACGGCGCAUUGGGCACAAGGCGCAGGUCGGGGCAAGUCGCCGCGGAGCUCGGGCAGGGUGACGGUGCAGGCGGCCCGCACCGGAUGGCUGUGGAGCGCGAGCGCGCGAGCGAGCUGCAACGACCGCCCGUCGAAUCUGAGGGCACGAGCGGGCUGGCGGUGGGAUGCGCGGCGAACGAUAAUGCAGUACGGCGCGUGGAAGCCGGUGACAGUUGGCACUUCCUGGAACUGCGCUGGGAUCGUGACAACCGUGCGAGCGCGCCGCUGGCAGGCUGGGACUGUGCGGAGCCACUGCGCAAACGCCCGUGUUCCCAACAAGUAAAUAAACAAGCGGACAUGUCGCUCCACACGUACAUCAUGAAGCCUCCUCAUGCCAGCACGGUCCACAAUCCUCCAGUUGUACAACCCCAAAUAGCAACACCACGCGGACAUUCUUUUGAUUCACUGAACACAUCUUCCGUCAAAAGUUCGGGUAGUUUAGCAAGUGACGAGAAAGUGAGGAAACAGGAUGCAAGUAGUGAGGAUGAACCACCAAAGUGUUCGAAGGGAGUUUCUAAUAACAAAGAGGAUCAGUGUCAAGUAAAAUGCGACUCAUGGAAAGCACCUGAUACCUUGAAUAAACACCUUUGUACCAAAACUACAAGUAGUAAGAGAAUGAACCUGUCAAAGCUGGUGUUAGAUCACAUAGCACCUUGCAUGAAUCAGUACGGGUUAUGUUUUGUCGAUAACUUUUUAGGCAACAAAAUUGGCGACAAAAUUUUGCAAGAAGUUGUAACUCUCUAUCAGAGUGGUAGUUUUGAGGAUGGAACACUGGCAGGGCAGAGUACCGCUUCAGAUAAAGAAGUUACUGCACCAUCUGGCACUUCCAAUAAAACUAUUCGUGGAGACAAAAUAAUGUGGGUACAGGGUACUGAGCCUGGCUGUGCAUCUAUAGGGCUUCUGAUGCAAAGAAUGGAUAAACUUAUAUUGCAUGCUGAUGGGAAACUUGGGCACUACAGAAUCAGAGGAAGGCACAAGGCAAUGGUAGCCUGCUACCCAGGGAAUGGAACAGGGUAUGUCCGGCACGUUGACAAUCCAACUGGUGAUGGUCGUUGUGUGACAUGUAUUUAUUACUUGAAUAAAAACUGGGAUGCAAAGGUUGAUGGUGGUAUUCUCCGAAUAUUUCCAGAAGGAAAAUCGUAUGUAGUUGAUGUUGAGCCAAUGUUUGAUAGAUUAUUAUUGUUCUGGUCUGAUCGAAGAAAUCCACAUGAAGUACAACCAGCAUAUUCUGUCAGAUAUGCGAUCACGGUAUGGUACUUUGAUGCAGAGGAGAGAGCUGAAGCCAGAACUAGGUACCGUAAUCGCACAGCUUCUGGAGAAGCAACAAGCUUUACAUCAUGACUGUAAGAGCGGUGAAACUUGACGGAUGAGCUAAGCCUUUGAACAGUGGUAAUUCACAUGAUCUUUACAUCAACUCCAAAGACAAGUGUCCUUCCACAAUAAUCUUAUUAAAUGCCAUGUUUAUGAAUAAUAGUGUAUGUUGACUCCUGCUCUUAUCUAUAAUAGAGAUGGUACUGGCUGCUGUUUAACCUAUCUUUCAAUGAAAACGGUUUUUAGCAGAAUUAAUCUGUAAUCCAAUAUUGCACAAAAUAAAAUUUAAUGUUAAUUUAAUUAUGCAUAAAAAUAUAGCAAGCGUGACAUGGUGUUAAAUAUUACGACCAUUUUACAUAAUGAGGUCUAAUAUUGCACUUUAUAUAGAUUAUUUCCAGAUUGCAAAGGCGCUGAUUAAUACAUUUUAAUGGCUAUAUUUUUUCUUUUGUAUUUAAAAGUAGUUGAAUGAUUUUGUUUGUGGCAUUUUUUUCAUCUUCCACCAUUGAUGGUAUUUGACCAUCACCUACUGAUUGUAAUUAAGAAUGUUUGUUCAAUUUUUGUGUAACGUAAAUAAACCUGAUAACCUUACAGCUUUAUUUAACUUUAUUCUAUUUAUAUGGAAGCUAAAUAUAUCAUGCAAAACAAAAGCAUUUCUCCUAAUGUUACGAUGAAUCUUUAUCGCAUUUCACUGUGAUUAAACUUAUUAAGUCUUUUACCUUUUUUCUCCAAUGAUUUACAGUUUACUCUUGUUUGUGAGCGCAUUGUGCAUUACUGUAUCAAACUUGUGUUAACUAUGUCUGAAGAAAGAACACAGCAUUACAAGUGAAAUAUUUUCUGUUGUUGCCUUUUAAUAGGGAAGUAUAGUUCCAUGGGAAUUCCUGACGUAACUUGAACAUGUGAGCAACAAAAUUACUGAAUUUGCAACUGGAUGCCAUCGUGUAUGCUGGUCAACAAUUUGGCAAUUCAGUAGUGGCAAUAAACAAGUUGUACUGGAAGGUUUCUUUGAAAACUAUAUUGCCAGAUAAUAAAAUGGUCCCUCUUAUAAGGACACAGAUAUGAUUUUAUACAAA